AUGGAUCAUGCACAAGCAACUUUACUCAAGGGUAGAAGUAUGACGGAAAGUAUCCAUCUUGUCCAAAAACUCAUGAGACAAUAUAAUAGGAAGAGGGUUGCUCCUAGACGCCUCCUUAAGAUUGAUCUAAAGAAGGCUUAUGAUUCAGUGAGUUGGGAUUUCCUUAAAGGAGUUCUUGAAGGGUUUCAUUUUCCCUUGAGAUUUAUACAAUGGGUUAUGGAGUGUGUUACUUCUCCAACAUAUUCCAUAGCUUCGAAUGGGAGUUUACAUGGCUUCUUCAAAAGAAUGGUUAAGGCCGCCACAAAUGAUAGUGAUUUCAAUUACGACCCUAAAUGUGGUCCCUUAAGGAUCACUCAUUCAGCUUUUGCGGAUGACUUGAUGCUCUUUGCAAGAGGAGAUGUUAUGUGGGUGCAAAUUUUAAUGGAUUGCCUUUCCAACUUUAGUCUUGUAUCGGGUUUAAGGAUGAACAUCUUAACAUCCAGCUUGUAUACAGUUGGUAUUCAUGGGCAAGAGCUUGAUGAUAGCCUUGAACUCACUAAUUUCCCAAAGGGUACUAUGCCAUUUCGUUAUUUGGAUAUCCCUCUUGCUUUGGAGAAAUUCAAACCUUUGCGGAAAUUUCUUUGGGGUUCCAAGAAGUCUUUGGUGGCUUGGAGGGAUGUUUGCCUUUCAAAAGAUGAAGGAGAUCUUGAGUUGAAGGACUUGAAGAGUUCGAACUCAGCUUUACUUGUUAAAUCUCUUUGGAAUAUUCAUUAA